AUGUGGAUAUUGUGUUAUAGAAUAUGGGUGAAGGAGUGUGUGUACGGCCACUAUGAGUGGGUGGAGCAGGUGUGUGGCCUCCUAGAGUACAAGCAAGCUGUUUUACCUGUUAGGUAUCUCGAAAUUUCUCUAGGAGCGAACCCGCAUUUGGUAAAGACUUGGAAACCAGUCAUAGAUAAGGUGGAAGAGAAGCUCAGCUUAUGGAAAGCGAAGGUUCUAAAUAAAGCAGGCAAGCUAGUUCUUAUUAAAUCGGUGUUGAAUAGCCUGCUAGUAUAUUACCUUAGCCUAUACAAGAUGUCGAAGGCGGUCACUGACAAGUUGAUUGCCUUACAGAGAAGUGGGAAGUGGUUCAAGCACCUAAAAAGGCUAGGAGUUGGGGGUCGAGGAUGCAGUGCUCAGGAACACAGUGUUGCUGUUUAA